GACGGUGGGGAUGUGGGUGCUGGCCGGCAUCGUGGCCUUCCUGGUGGUGGAGACCUUCGUGCGACACGCCAAGGGUGGCCACGGCCACGGUCACGGCCACAGCCACGGGGUGAAGGCCAAGAGCAGCUCCAGCGAAGGUGAGGAGGAGCCGGGGGCGGGGGGACGGAAGGAGAAGGCGGCCACCAAGGGCCACCGCGGCAAGAGCCGGCCGGCGGGGAAGGCCACCGAGGAGUCGGCCAUGGAGGUGUCGGGGUACUUGAACCUGGCGGCCGACAUGGCCCACAACUUCACGGACGGCCUGGCCAUCGGGGCCUCCUUCCUGGCGGGGACGGGGCUGGGGACGGUGACGGCGGUGACGGUGCUGCUGCACGAGCUGCCACACGAGGUGGGGGACUUCGCCAUCCUCGUCCAGUCCGGCUGCAGCAAGCGCAAGGUGAGGGGGGGGCAAUGUCCCCAGUGUCCCCAGUAA